UAACGCGCUCAGUCGUGAAGACAUCGUCUGUCCGCUUUGCCGUCUUAAGAUCGCCGCACCUGCUGAAGUCAUGCCGUCUCAAAAGGCCAUGAAGACGGGCUCCGCCUGCCCCCCUCCUCCUGAAAAAGGCAAACUCCGUCUGUACAGUAUGCGACUUUGUCCGUACGCACAGCGGACACGUCUGUUCCUGGCCGCCAAGGGAAUAGAGUUCGAAACCAUCAACAUUCACCUGAAGGAGAAACCGGAGUGGCUGUUUGAGAAGACCCCGAUCGGUAAGGUCCCCGUGCUGGAGAAGGACGGAGAUAUCGUGUACGAGUCUCUGGUCUGUAACGAGUACCUGGACGGGAUCUACCCUGACAAAUGCAUCACUCCCAGCGACCCUCUGGAGAAGGCACGACAGAGCAUGGUUCUGGCCCUGUGGGAUGCAAAGGUGAUCGGUUUCUACUACAAGUUGGUGACGGCGAAGGAAGACGAGCGUGAAGCGCUGACCAAACAGUUUCUGGACGGCCUGGAGUACAUCGAGAACGCGCUGGCAAAACCGUUCUUCUCCGGCGACAAGGUGGGCGCCCUGGACUACAACCUGUGGCCGUGGUUCGAGCGGGUCUGCAUGCUGAAGGGCCGCGGCGUCGAGCUGUCCGUGGACAAGUUCCCCAAGCUGACGGCGUGGAUGGAGCGCAUGAUGGAGCAGCCGGCAGUCAAGGCCUGCUACUUCCCGCCGGAAAUUCACCAUGAGUUCGGGAAGUCCUGGAUGGCAGGCAGCCCCGACUACGACGUUGGCUUGGAGGAAUGAACACAUUGCACUAGCCUCCUUCGCAGAAGUGUGAGGCGGCGGCGGUGAUAUUUUUUUUUCGGUGAGCAAGGCGAGCUAUGCCGCAGAGGGACGGUUUUGUCGCCGAGGGAUUUUGCCGGGGAGAGACGGUCGCCGAGUGCAAGCAGACCUGUUAGGCGGCGAAACCGCCUCUCGCGUCGCUCCCCAAGAAAAUGAAUAACGCCACCGCCUUACAAGUCCGCGAAAGAGGCUAAUAUGUCGCACGGUGCCGACUGUCAUGCAUCCCUCUCAACUGAAAAACUUAAUUUUCAAAGGCAGAAGCAAAAUCUGCCAUAUGUGAUAUCAAGGUGAUUUUAAACCUCCUUGGUUAUAUCUAAUAUGCUGCUGCUAUUGAACUCCAAAGAUUGAAUGUUGCAGUAAUGAUUACAUUAUAUUGUUGUUAAUUACAAACUUACGUCUGAAUCUUUUAACCAGUUUUUAGACUGGAAGCUUUGAAUCCUUCUCCCAUUUUCUUUGAAAACGUGUGAUUUGAAUGUAAAGAUAUAAAUGUUUGAACAUUGACAAAGAUCAUGAUGUUUCAUAAGACAUGGAUUGCAGUUAUGUGGACUAUGUAAAUCUAAUUCAAUUGAAAAUAAAUGUGUUCUAUGUGA